AUGCUUUGCCCGUCGGCUGAAAGUGGCCAGCCGACUGAUGAGGUGCAUCUACCCGAGCAACCCUAUCCACAGUUAGGCGUGAUCAAGACGACAUGCGAGGCGACCACCUUUCAAGAAUGGGGUCAUUACGGUACCAUUGGUGGAGUGCCUCACGCACCUCCACAACCCACCCAUCAACAUCAAUUCCCUUUCCUAUUCCCGCAUCAUCCGAAUGCCGUCGAUUGGACGACCGCUUACAACACUCCGCAAUUGCACUUCGGCUUCAAUCCGUUGGCUCAACCUGGCCCGAUCAUGCAAACCGAUAUCAAGGUGGACGCUGAACGGGGUGACGUCAUUCAACGAUUACCCCCACAGCAUCCAAGCGCCGGGUGGCCGUAUUUUCAAAACGAGGAAACGGCUAGCAAUUCACAAUUGAGUCUUUCCGAUGACGCCGAGUUGACGACGUGUAACGACGAUUUAGAAGCUUUCGCCAAGCAAUUCAAACAAAGAAGGAUAAAAUUGGGAUACACCCAAGCUGACGUUGGAUUGGCGCUAGGCACUCUCUAUGGAAAUGUUUUCUCACAAACGACGAUUUGCCGCUUUGAGGCUCUGCAGUUAUCGUUUAAGAAUAUGUGCAAAUUAAAGCCAUUGCUUUUCAAAUGGUUGGAAGAGGCUGAUUCGACCUCCUCUUCACCGAAUUCAGCUUUUGAGAAGAUGACUGGACAAGGCGGGAGAAAGCGAAAGAAGCGCACAUCGAUCGAGGUUCAAGUGAAGAGUCGACUAGAGUAUCACUUUCAAAAGAAUCAAAAACCGAAUGCACAAGAGAUUUCACAAGUGGCACACGAGUUGAGUUUGGAGAAAGAGGUGGUGCGCGUGUGGUUCUGCAAUCGGCGACAAAAGGAAAAACGCAUGACACCGCAAUUCGCGCCAGAAAUGUUGAUCCCCGGCGGAUACCCACAGGAAUUUCUCUAUGCCACACAUGCUCCUUUACCCAUUCAA